GGUUAUCGUGCAAACAGUCACUUUGUUUAUAAAAUGGCCCUUGACGUGGAAGACGGGACAAUUUUAUCAUCUAUCUUCAAGGAUUCUUUUCCUGAAAUAUGGAGAGAAAAUCCAGAUUUUGUGCAGUAUCUAACAGAACUUAGCUCAUUUGGUGUUGACAAAUUAUGUCAUGAACCAGAGCGUCUAGCAGAAGAAAGAGCACAAAUUCUGGAACAGACACAAGAACUGGCAUUCCACAAUUACAAAACAUUUAUUGAAACAGCUGAUUGCUCCAAAGAAAUUGUAGAAGAUUUUAAUCUGGUUGAGCAGCAUGUGAACAACCUGUUGAACAAACUUCCUGAAUUCAGUGAUAAAUGUCAAAUCUUUAUGAAGAAUGCCAAUGAGAUUAAUGUCAGUCGGAGGUUGAAUACACUGACAUUAAAUAAACACACACAGUUACUUGAAGUCUUGGAAAUUCCACAAUUGAUGGAUACAUGUGUCAGAAAUAGUUACUAUGAGGAAGCUCUUGAACUAUCAGCUUAUGUAAAACGUCUUGACAAAAAGCACUCAUCCAUCGCUGUCAUUCAGGACAUUGUAAAUAAAGUAAAAAAUUCCAUGCAGCUUAUGUUGAAUCAGUUAAUCCAACAGCUAAGGACAAGUGUUCAACUACCAGCAUGCCUUAGGGUCAUUGGCUACUUACGUCGAAUGGAUGUGUUCUCUGAAUCAGAGUUGCGGAUAAAGUUCCUACAAGCAAGAGAUGCUUGGUUUCAGGGAAUACUCAGUUCUAUUUCAACAGAUGAUGCUUAUAUCCACAUUACGAAAAUAAUUGAACUUAGCAGAGUGCAUCUUUUUGAUAUUAUUACACAAUAUCGAGCCAUUUUUUCUGAUGAUGAUCCCAUAUUAUCCUCCAGCCAAGAAUCUUCUACAAAUGAGAGUAGUAUUUUUCAUGGAUGGGUUGUGCACAAGGUUUCUAACUUUUUACAAAUGUUGGAAUUUGAUCUGAAUCAAGGUGUUGGCAAUCGUUUGGAUUCACUAUUAGGACAGUGCAUGUACUUCGGACUUUCUUUCAGUCGUGUUGGUGCAGAUUUUCGUGGUCUACUCUCGCCUCUUUUUCAAAGAGCAGCUUUGCGUACAUUUUGCAAUGCAGCACAAGAAGCAACAGAGAGGUUUUGUGAUGUAAUGCAGUCAUACACUCUGAUAGCAAGUCCAGCCUUAAUCUCAGCAACUACAUUAUCUUCUGUCACAUUGCAGGGUGAUAAAAACAUGACACCCCCAGCAAAUCUUUUAGAGUAUCCUCCUCUAGCUGUGUACACCAACAACAUUCUUUCAGCCUUCAACGACCUUCGACAUUGUUCACCAAUAGCACUAGCCCCUGAUGUUGCUAGACAGCUGCAGUUGUCACUUGAAUGUGUGAUGGAGACAAUUGUGGCCUAUUUUAGAGCAGAAGAGACAACAUUUAAUGAUCAGCAAAUGGUUCUUUUCUUGAAGUUGUGUCGGAUAGCAUCUGAGGAGAUGGUUCCUUUCUUAAACCGCUGUCUGCAGUUAUUGUUUCCUGCAAGUAGCAUUGCUCAAACACUUGGUGUAACAGUUCACGAUCUAUCUAAGAUGGGUGGUAUCGGUGUAAUGAAUAUUGCAGUAGUAGUUCAAAAAAUAAAUCAACUUUUGCCCACACACUCUCAACAAAUUGAAGAUACAGAAGAAGGUAAGGAAUUGGAAGACAUUGAAACAACAAAGCAACUUGAUCAAGAAAAUCAAGCAGAGAGUAACCCAUUGCCAUCUGAUCAUAUAACUAUUUCACAUAAUACUUCAACGACUGAAGCUGAUCAAGGAGAACAAGCAAGGGCUUUUAUCACCUGAUAAAAUAACUAUUUAAUAAAUCAAUUAACAACUGAAGUUAAUCAAGGAGAACAAGCAGGGAGUUUACCUGAUAAAAUAACUUUUUAAUAAAUCCUUUUAACGACAAAGCAGUGUGAUUGAAGAAAACAAGCAAAAAGUUUCCCCAGAUCAUCUGACAAAAUAACCAUGUGACAAAUGAAUUAGGAAUGUGAUCGAGUAAAACAUCCAUGCUGCUUUUUCGGAUUACAAAAAUGGUUUAGAAUUUAGCUUAUUCAACUUUAAUUAGUGUACUGUAAUUAUUUAGCUUAUUCAACUUGUAGUUAUUAGUAUUAUUAUUAGUGUAUUUUGUUUAUUUAUUUAUUUAUUUUUAAACAUUUAUUACCUUGAUGGAUUAUCUGGCUAGCUCCUAGUAAGCUAUUGAGCUAGAUUCUUGUACAUUAUACAAAAAAGCCUGUUACCCAAGCACAAGACAAUUUGGAAAUCAGGGUUGUUUGGUCAUUUUUGGUUCCUAUGAAAAGCAAUAUGAACCUUUGUAAUGGCCUUUGCAUGUGUCCAUGCAACGACUGUUUCUUUAGAUUUCAGGACAUUAAAAAGUCACGUCACUUUUCUACCUGAAUUAAAAAUUAUGUAUUUUGAGCUCCCUUUAAAAAGAAUUUGUGGUUCAUGAUUCACAAACCGCAAUCAUUUCCAGUCAGCAACCCUUUGUCUGCCAUUGUGGAAAUGAUGUCAUAACUAUAAGUUUACACAAUUGUCAUACUUGGCUUGACAUAUUAAUGCAGUAGGACAUAAUCCAAUACUGUACUGUAUUAUUGUGGAAGCCAAUGUACAGUAUUAAUAAUAUUAAAUAUAUUAUAUGGUUAUCUGUGGCUGUAUAUACCUGUACUGUGCUGAGAUUUAGAAUUUAGAACUAAGAAUCAAAAUUUUAUAAUAUGUUCAUAUUUUUGAUCACAUGAAAUAAAAAAAAUGAUAAAAACACCACUGAAUAAGGAAGGUAUGCAAAUCAAUUUUGCUGCGUAACACCAAAAACAAUAUAAAUAGAUAGAUAUACAGUAUAUUAAUAACAUUGCUCGAGGAACAUGUUAUAAUAAUUGUAUCAAGAAUAA